GUCGGGACACCGGCAGGUUAUGGGAAAGUCACCGUUUUGCAACAACUAGCAGGAGGUUAAAUUAUGAAAAACAGAAAUGUAUAAACUAACUUGAGUUAGCGUACCAUAACUAGGGUUUGGGUAAUUAAAACAAAAGCCUUCCGAGUGAACAUUUCUGUGCCGCUUUCCGGCUGUUUAUUUUAUUUUAAAUCGAGACAGAGUGCAACAUCCCAACCCACGGCCAUGUGUUUGUCCCUCUCUGCUGCAGCCUUAUGCCAGCUGAAGCGUGAUGUAUCCAGAGCAACCCAGAAUGGGCCCCGCCCAUCGGAGACGGCAGGCAGAUUCACCCCCCGGGGGCACGUUGAGCACCGGCCUUCUGCAGGGCCUCAUCCAGAGCGCCAGGCCUCUGUCCUUCUGCUCCCUGCUCCCCAGGGUCCACGCAGCUGAUGUGGCUGCUGCCCAGCCCGCACAGAUGCCCUCUCCUUCCUCCUCUUCUUUAACCAGUCCUCCACCCAUCCCCUCUCCCAGCGCCAUGCGAAGCUACAUAGGCAGGCCAGAAUUACCAGACACGGGAUGGGACCGCAUCAAGGACCUCUUUCAAUUGGAUGAAAGGCGUACGUACCCUGAGGAGCUGACCAACGUGAUAAAGAGCGGUGUGGUCGGUGCUCUAGCCGGCCUGCUGUACGGAGGCCUGCCUGCAGCCCGCCAUGCAAGGCAGAGCUACAUCCAGGUCAGCCAGGCAGAGCUCUACAGCAGCCGAGUGGACGCAGUGCGCUCAGCCCAUAAUGCAGCAAUCCGAGGAUUUGUGAGAUAUGGGUGGAGGUGGAGCUGGAGAGUGGCUGCUUUCGUCACCUUAUUCAAUUCUGUCAGCACUGGGCUCUCUGUCUACCGGGACAAGAACGCCAUCAGCCAUUAUGCUGCAGCUGGAGCUGUGACUGGAGGUCUGUUCAGGCUGAACCUGGGCCUGAGAGGGCUGGUGGGAGGGACCGUCAUCGGAGCAGUGCUGGGGCUUCCCACCGGCGCUCUGAUCGUCGGCAUGCAGUCGAUGGCAGGAGAAAAUGCCAGAGACCGGAGGAGAAGAGAGCGCAGGGAACUGUAUGAAGUCAAACUUGCAGAGUGGACGGCCCGAAUGAACGUGACAGAAGAACUGAUCGGAGAUCUGAACGUCAGCUCUCAGGCAGGGGAAGCCAAUAAUGACAUGCAGAGGAUCCAGGAGCUGCUCAGUUUACCAAAGAACGAGGACGUGACUCAGGAGUCACGCAGCUGAUGACAGUAGCUGCCUCACUGACUUCUCGGUUGAACAUUGAAGGUGGGACUUUACACAGCUGGGAGGACACAUUGGCCACUUCUGUCUGGACUUCACACACCUCUUCUCAAACUGAAUGGAAAACUGCUUCAAAACUCCAACUACUGUCCUGUGUACAUCUGUCUUUGUGAGGACCACAAGUCUUCAGAAAUUGGGAGUUGGGACAUCUUUAAUUGGACUCCACAUCAUCUAUGUUUUAAUAUCAGUGAGCUUGCGUCCUUCAGUAUUUGCUUCUUGUGAAUCAAUAAUACAUUUGAUCAAUUUAAAUAAAACCAUGCCAUUUUUAAUGCCAACCCUGCAUACCAAGACCUGAACUGACCUUUCUUCCCCUUCAGUUAUUGUUCUAGUAAUAACUGAGGUUUGUAUCCAAAUGUCAUCUAUCCAAAACACGGCUUCUUUAUUUUCCCCAUGCCUGUGUUUAUGUGUCGUUUGUUUCCAACUUUGCCUCUUGGGCUUUUCAGCAACUAGGUCAAACACAGCCGUGGCCCCUGGUGUAAACGAGAUGUGACACAGCAGCAGCUGGGGCCCGGGAUGCAGCGGUGACUGCUCACAUGCAGAUGGACAGCCAAUAGAAACAGCUUUGGUCUAUUACAGGUAGACUCUGGAGGUAAGGCUUGGACCUGAAACUUAAUCAACUGUUGGUCUGUCCCUGCAGCGUUGAAUUUGUCAAAGUAAACAUGGAAAGUUUAUACAUUUUGACCUAAUAUUUAUUUGAAUGGCAGUGUUUUUGCUAAUCCUUGUUUUUGCUUAAAAUGGAAACUGGUCAUUUCCACUGGGAUGUACUCGAAGGGUAUUAAAACAAUGCAAGUAAUAAUGUUAUUUAGAUUUAGUUCUGAGGAUUACUGCCUAUUUAAAAGUGGGCUUUUAGUGCCCUCUAUUGGUGUCUUUGGGGAACAGCAAAGGUUCCCCUAAUAGACAGGAACAGAGACCUGAUACAGUAUGUUUACAGCUUAAGUUGAUAACUUCUCAAAAACGUACAACCUAUCUACAGAUUUGGCUAUUUCCCCAUUCCCAAGUAUAAAGUCCAGCCUCCUUUUUAAAACAAACUAAACAAUGAAGACAAAUUAUAACGUUACAUAAAGUGGUUUUGCAUCAGAGAUGUAAAUGAAGUCCUACUAAAUGCAUACUGUCCCCGCGGCUAUAGAUGGAGCUUCAAGAUAACUUGUGUCCAAAAUGUACUUUUAGAUUAAUGUGUCUAUCUUCUGCAAAGAGAGCAGACCCUCUCUUUUAACACAUUGCUUAUUUAAAGUGCAUUUACUGCGUGUUAGUCUAUUACAUGUUAAAGCUUAUUUUUCAGCCUUUAUUUCCUCGUGGUAAGCUUAUAUACUUGCUGUGGUAUAUGGUGAAGCUGAACAUCAAAGCUAACAGAGGUUAAUGACAGACAGCUAUUUGUCUUUCUCAGGAAGUCAAUAUUUUAGCAGCUUGAUGUGAAUUUCAUGAGUGAGCUGUGGAUUGAAACUGUGGGAAAGUGUACCUGCAGAAGAAACUUAAAGUGACAUAUAUAUACAUAUCAUUAAAUGGGACUAUCAUACAUUUCUACGAUGACUUCCUCAGUGUAACUGAAAGCCGUGUGGUGUAUUAAAUCUGUUCAUAUACAGUUAGUGACUCUCUGAGGUCAUAGAGUGCAGAGAAGAUGUUGUACAACAGGGUGUUGUAUAACAUCUUAUAUGUCAGAAAGCCUCCAGGGAUGAGUAAGAAAAAGACCAAGUAUAUCUCACCUUAUUUGGGUAGGUGCAAGACAUGGUGUACGAACGUAUAGCUCACCUUAUUUGGGUACACAUUCUUAUAGAACAUCGCAUUUUGUAACACACCCACAUUUCUCCUAUAAAUUGCAUGCACAGAGAUUUCGGGGGGACUUCCACAAUUGGAUCUGGGAACCUCGUAUCGCCCGUGUUGGUGUCUGAUACUAUG